GGCGGCGGCCGCGGCAGAACUGGCAGCACCAGCGGCGGGAAGAAAGAAGCCUGAGACAGCAGCCUAUGACGACUGUGAAGACAGUCCAGAAUUGCAAUUAUGAAUGGUGUUGCUGCUGGGCUCCUUCUGCAGAGCGUCUGAAAUGAACCUCUCUUAUUGAUUGUUUUUAUUGGCCCCGAGCCAGGAGUACUGGAUUCAGUUGACUUCGGGAUUAGAAAGAGAACUGUUUUGGUUAUCAUCAUAAACAUAUGAACCAGUGUGAUGGUGAAAUGAGAUGAGGCUCCGAAAUGGAACUGUAGCUACUGUUUUAGCAUUUAUCACUUCGUUCCUGACUUUAUCUUGGUAUACUACGUGGCAAAAUGGGAAAGAAAAACUGAUUGCUUAUCAACGAGAGUUUCUUGCCUUGAAAGAACGUCUUCGAAUAGCUGAACAUAGAAUCUCUCAGCGCUCUUCUGAAUUAAAUGCCAUUGUACAGCAGUUCAAGCGUGUAGGAGCAGAAGCAAAUGGAAGUAAGGAUCCAUUAAAUAAAUUUUCAGAUAAUACUCUUAAGCUAUUAAAGGAGUUAACAAGCAAAAAAUCUCUUCAAGUGCCAAGUAUUUAUUAUCAUUUGCCUCAUUUAUUGCAAAAUGAAAGAAGCCUUCAGCCUGCUCUGCAGAUUGGUAACGGAAGAACAGGAGUGUCAAUAGUAAUGGGAAUUCCCACAGUGAAGAGAGAAGUGAAAUCUUACCUCAUAGAAACCCUUCAUUCCCUUAUUGAUAAUCUGUAUCCUGAAGAGAAGUUGGACUGUGUUAUAGUCGUCUUCAUAGGAGAGACAGAUAGUGAUUAUGUACACAGUGUUGUAGCCAACUUGGAGAAAGAAUUUUCUAAAGAAAUCAGUUCUGGCUUGGUGGAAAUAAUAUCCCCUCCUGAAAGCUAUUAUCCUGACCUGACAAACUUAAAGGAGACAUUUGGAGACUCCAAAGAAAGAGUAAGAUGGAGAACAAAGCAAAACCUAGAUUAUUGUUUUCUAAUGAUGUAUGCUCAGGAAAAGGGAAUAUAUUACAUUCAGCUUGAAGAUGAUAUUAUUGUCAAACAAAAUUACUUUAACACUAUAAAAAAUUUUGCACUUCAACUUUCUUCUGAAGAAUGGAUGAUACUCGAGUUCUCCCAGCUGGGCUUCAUUGGUAAAAUGUUUCAAGCACCAGACCUCACUCUGAUCGUGGAAUUCAUAUUUAUGUUCUAUAAGGAGAAACCCAUUGAUUGGCUCUUGGACCAUAUACUCUGGGUCAAAGUCUGCAACCCUGAAAAAGACGCAAAACAUUGUGAUAGACAGAAAGCAAAUCUACGAAUUCGCUUCAGACCUUCGCUUUUCCAACAUGUUGGUCUGCAUUCUUCUCUAUCAGGAAAAAUACAGAAACUCACGGAUAAAGAUUACAUGAAACCAUUAAUUCUUAAAAUCCAUGUAAACCCACCUGCAGAGAUAUCUACUUCUUUGAAGGUCUACCAAGGACAUACACUGGAGAAAACUUACAUGGGGGAGGAUUUCUUCUGGGCUAUAACCCCAGUAGCCGGAGACUACAUCUUGUUCAAAUUUGAUAAGCCAGUCAAUGUAGAAAGUUACUUGUUCCACAGCGGCAACCAAGAACAUCCAGGAGAUAUCCUGCUCAACACAACUGUGGAAGUUUUGCCUUUAAAGAGUGAAGGUUUGGAAAUAAGCAAAGAAACCAAAGACAAACGAUUAGAAGAUGGUUAUUUCAGAAUAGGAAAAUUUGAGAAUGGUGUUGCCGAAGGAAUGGUGGAUCCUAGCCUAAACCCCAUUUCAGCCUUUCGACUUUCAGUUAUUCAGAAUUCUGCCGUUUGGGCCAUUCUUAAUGAGAUUCAUAUUAAAAAAGUCACCAACUGAUCAUCUGCUAAGAAACCAGUACAUUUUUUUCCUGUGAAUUUGUUAAUUAAAGAUAGUUAAGCAUGUACCUUUUUUUUUUUUUUUUUUUUUACUUGAACACUACCUCUUGUGAAAUCUACUGUAGAUAAAAUGAUUGUCAUUUCCACUUGGAAAGUGAAGCUCCCAUGGAUAAUUGCAUUCAUUCGAACCUAAGCUGUCCUCCAAUUUUAACUUGACUCAAACAUUUUACAGUUAUGACAGCCUGUUAAUAUGACUUGUACUAUUUUGGUAUUAUACUAAUACAUAAGAGUUGUACAUAUUGUUACAUUCUUUAAAUUUGAGAAAAAUUAAUGUUAAAUACAUUUUAUGAAGGGGGUACUUUUGAAGUUCAUUUAUUUUACUAUUAUAGACCCUCUUUUAUAGAUUAUCAGGGAUUAUAUAUAUAUAUAAAUAUAUAAAUAUACAUAAAAAUGUUAUGGAGUUAAUUUAUUAGAAACAUUUAAGAAGUACAUAUUUUUGUGCAGUAAAUUUUUGAAUCAAUACUUUUUUUGAAAAGUUACCUUGCUUUUUUAAGUUCUUUCUAUAUUUUUCUUUGGAAAUGCAAACAUUACAAACGAAUGCCAUUUUUCAAAUGCACUGCCAUUUAAGAAUGAUUCUAGAUUGAUUUCCUAACUGAAGUACUUUUAUAAUUGCAGUGAUUCUGAACAAAAUAUUUUCAAAGGCAUUUGUCAUUCCUUAAAGCCAAGAUUUUAAAGACCAACGUCCUUCUUGAGGGUUAUUUUACUAUACUGUUUAUGGUGUAAAAAAAAAAAAUCAGUCUGAUAAACUUUAAUGUGCAGGGGUCAUGCAUUCAGCCCAAAUUAUCAUGGACUCAACUCAUUACAUUCCCUCUGAUAUGUAAGAUGACAAACUUUUUUCUUUUUAAAUCUGUGUCUUUAAUCCAUGAGUUAGAUGCAUUAUCUCUUGUUGAUCCUUUUAUAUCUGCACCCAUUUAGUGAGUUCUGACAAAAUGUUUUCCAGGUGAUGUUAUUGUAUGAGUCAAAAUCAUUGAAUUUUACAGAAAAAAAUGUAAUAUUGGUUUUUAGGGAGAGAUAUUGUAGCAGUUGUAUGUUUUUGCAAAGUGACUUGCUCUGUUGUCUUUAUGAACUUACAGGUAAAUUCAUAUCUGAAGAGCAUUUAUAGCUCUUAAUCAUGUAAUUCCAAAUGUUAUUACUACUGGAAACAAAAAGACUAUCAGCCUUAGCAAUCAGCGAUCUUUACAAAAGUAUUUUACUUUUAAGAAGUUCGGAAUGAUCACCCUGAGCUCUCGGACUAGCCAGUGGCUGAGGCCUCCGGGGGCUGGAGCUGUCCACUGGUUGCCUCUUGCCUGGGGGAGCCUCCCGCGGUUACCCAGGAUGCUGAACAAAGAGCUUCCAGACAGCCUUGUUUUCUGUACAGUAUGUUGGAGUGAAAAAUGUUGGGAAACACGGAUAGGAUACACUUCUUUCCAUUACUCUUGUUGGAAUCAUCGUCAGUUACUUUCCUUAAUUAAAAAGUUACACAUGGCCACGAAUAAUUUUUAUGUCCAAGUCUAAUGAAACAUUUUUGCUGGGCUUUUUAGAUUUACUUUUCACUUUCUUUAAUUUACUUUUUAUGUUGUCCUUACAUUUCCUUGGCCUGAUGCCCACAGGCCAAUUUCAUUUGAGAAGAAUAACCUUUCAUUGUAAAACUUUGGCAGCUGUUGAAUAUUAUGGACUGCUAGAACCACCAAGUAUCGGGAGAGAAACCCCUGGGUGGGUUAAGAAGUCCUCUGCUCUCCUUGCUUCCCCAGGAGCCCACUCUGAUUUUAGGGAGAAGGAGCAUGCGCUGAAGAUCAGGGAGGUGACCAUGACUGCAGCUCCUUGCCCUUAGGGCUGCUUGGACUUUAGACUGGUGAGCCAUACCAGCCGGCUUCUUCCGGUGCUUCCUCUCAGCCUCCCCUCCCAGGUUUCGCUCACCCCUCCUGUUCCCGGGAAUACUUGGAGCCAAAUCUCACCCCCUUGCAGACUCUCUCAUGCACUCCUCCCCAUGAAUUGUUACCAGUGCCUAGUAGUGCCAGGAAUAGGGCCUGGCACGUGGCAGGUCCCCUGCCCAGGUCUGGACGAGGGGACCAACUGUUCCAGCCCACACUCCUCUUUCUUUUUAACUCCCUUUAUCAACAUUGCUUGCCAUACACUUACAUACAUACACACUCAGCUGUUGAGUUUUGGUUGUUCCUGGCGAGUGUGUAUUAUGUGUGCGCACACGUUCUCCCACCUGUCAGGUUUCCAGGCAGGCCUGUAACUCAUCCUUCCUGUGCUCCGAUCAUCUCCUUGUUGGUCUUUCCCUGCCCCCACUUCCUCCUGAGGCCAUUAGAAACAGCCCUGCUUUCCUUAAGCAAGACACUGUAGGGUAACUCUGGAGAGGAGUUGGGGAGCAAAUCUGGGGACAGAACAGUGGAGGGGGUGAAGAGUACCUGGGACUGAGGGAAGGAUAUGUAUUUGGCCUCGAGAGGACACUGAACCACUUGUAUCCGAAUAGUGAGUGGGGACACUGUCCUGUGGUGUCCAGUAUUUAAUUAUUAACAUAUAGAGAUAAACCUGGUUUGCAUCUGGUAUGCAUUUCAUGUAAACUGUUGAGACUAGAGCUGUGCUGUUCUGAGCAGUUGCCAGUAGACACAUAGUGGGUGUGUAAAUUUAAAUUAGUAAGAUCUUUAGCGCCUCAGUCACACUAGCUACGUUCAGGUGCUCAUCAGCCACAUGUGGCUCGUGGCCCCUGACUGGACAGCACAGAUAGCCUUCUGUCACUGCAGAAAGUUCUGUUGGGCCAGCACUGUGUCAGGAGUGCUAAUGCGAACACUUGGGAAACCAGAGGAACGAGUUCUGACUACGAGGACGAAAGCAGAUGUGCAGAAUAUAUCACAGUGCAGACGGCGAGUAUCGUAGGCAAGAAGGUUGAGGACUGUUUCCCGGAUUCUGAGACCCCAGAUUUCGGAGUUCUCUGCUCUUAAGUCUCACGUGCUCUUUCCAGCACGCGCGGAGGCCCUACCGUGCAGUCCGACGAGAACAGUGGUUUCAGGCAGUGAGAUUGAAAAGCUCUGGAAAAAGUGAGUGUGUGUUGGAUGAUUCAGCAGGCAGGCUGUAGAAACAUGUGUGUUAAUUCAACCGUGGAGAGGUCUUUGGAAAAGGUAUGGCUUUUCAGGUCACUCGUGGCACCAGUAUGUGAUCAGGUGUCUUUAUUUCAAAACCUUCAGCAACGUACUGAAGGCUUCUUUUCAAUCUGUUACUGUCACCAAAAGGCGGUCUCCCAUUAGUACUGUCCUCAAAGGCAAGUUUGGUUAAUGUGGAAACCGCAUGUCUGGCACGGUUGCUCUCAUUAGUGGCACUGUUUGUACUAGCCACAAUUCUGCAGAUGACCCUCAGGUACCGUAGAUGCCGUCCUCCCUCUUUGUGUGUGGGUGGAAGCCAUGACUAUCACCCAUAAUCAUGUUCAGCUAAUCUGUGUGAGCCCUUUAAAAGCAGGGUUUUCUCAGGCUGGUAGCAUAAGUCAGAUUCAAAGCAGAAGGACUCAAGGCACCACUGCUGAUGUAAGAUGGAGGGGCCACAGGAGAAGAAAUGUAGUUGCCUGUCAGGAGCUGAGAGAGGCCUCCAUCGACAGCCACAGGAACCGGAACUUCAGCCCUACCAACACAGGAACUCCAUCAGUUAAUGAACCGAGUAAGCUUGCAGCUAGAGUCUUCUCCAUCAGAUGAGAGCCCAGCUCUGCCACCCCCAUGACUCCAGCCUUGUGAGACCCUAUGCAGAGAACUUGAAUCAAACCCGCCCUGACUUCUGGCCUGCGGAACUGUGAGAUAAUAAAUAGGCAUUGUUUUAAGCCUCUGAAUUUGUGGUGAUUUGUUAUGCAGCAAUAGAGAAUGAAUAUAGUAUUUAAAAGAGGUGAGGAGGAAAAGUCUUCAUACUUGAUUCUCUGGAGUUGGGAGAUUUUGAUAACCACGUGAGUUAAGUCUUACACUAGCAAACUUACAACUGGGCUGCCUCUGGGGUUUCUCUGCCUGAGAAUCUUUAGUAGUCUUGAUUGGAAGUUUGUUGCCAAAAACUUAGAGUAUCUAAGCAAUGUUUUCUAAAACAAAAAUAAAAACAAAAAACCCUGCUAGGACAGGACUGUUCUCAUUCCAGAAGGAGGACCCAUGGUAUAUGGAAUCUUCUUCCUGGGAGAGGUAUGUAUUUGUGAUUUUUCUGCUCUGAGCCUGUUCAGUAUAUUAUUUAAGAAUCAUGAACAGUGGUAUUCUAAAUAUUAGGAGAGGAAAAAAAAACAAAAAACUCUGCCUUUACAGAAGGAUAAUCUACUCUGCAUUGAACGAACUUUUUUUUUUUUUAACCCCAAGCUGACUUUAUUGUAUAAGCACAGAUCAAAUCCUGUAUGUGCCAACCAAAUUUUUGUACUUUGCAGGUAUUUUCUAAAAUACCUGUCUGCUUCCAAGCCAUUAAUUGCUAUUGAAGCUUGUUAUUUUGGUUUUGUACAUUAAUUUUUGUGCUUAUUUUUACUAUAUCACCAUACCCUUGAUUGAAGAACAACACAGCUAAAGGGAAGAAAAUGAGAGGCUAAGACUGUCAAAAAGUCAGAAAUUGGAGUCCUAAUCAUCUUUGUGUUCUAGAGAAACCCAGAUAUCCCAGCUCUUUCUUUUAUAGAAAAGGAAACUUUUCUAAGCUGUGUAGCAUUAUAGUGUGUUAAAUUUGAUAGCUGUACAAUUUUAAUUAUUAAUCUUGAUAGAUGCCAUAACCAGUAUGCUUUAUUUCUUCAAUGCAUGUGAACACACAAUGCUAAAAAGACUACAACGACAGUAUUUAAAAAAAAAAAAAAAAGGAUUUGUUAUAUAUAUCCCUAUCACCAGUACCUAUAUGUAAACUCUUCUUGCCUGAAACACUCCACCUUUUUUGGGCACUAAUUAGAUCAUGUUCAAGGAGACAAAUGGGAAAGAGCAGAGCUGGCACUUGUGUGUGUGUGUGUGUGUGUGUGUGAAGAAUUUAGAAGACGUUCAAGAAAGUAAGCUGGGCAUUGAAUGGAAAGCACUUUGUGCAAAGUAUCAUUCCUAGUGUUCACACUGCUGUAAAAAUGUGAAUAGUGGUGCUAAAAUUGUUUUCCAAAUAAGGAUUGUUUGUUGUGGGGAAUAUUUAAUGAUACUCUUGAACAUUAGGGAGGCUACUUUAUAUAUCACUUGCUCCUAGUUGUUUCUUGGUAUUAGUAAUUAGCAAAUCCCUCUGGAGUCAAAGGUUCGGUACUUUAGUGUGAUUAGCCUUCCAUUAUUUGAAAUGCUCGGUUUGCUGAAAUUGGGUGAAAAUACCUUUAGAAGACCUAUUCUCUGAGCCUUAAAAAUGGCUGAUAUCGACAGUACUGUAAGAUGCACUGCCAGCAGCUUUGAUACUUUUCAUUUCAGUAAAGACAGUGAUGUUUUCUAAGAAAGAUUUAGAAAUCAGCUGACUGAACGUAACAAUUUUGUUUCAUUUAUGAAAUGAAAAACUAAUGUGUUUCUCAUCAAAAACACUGUUUGGAAACGUCAUAGAUGUUUCUGAAAGCACCCCUUAGAGAAGGUGCCUGAGGAAUUGCUUUUCCAGGCUGUACCAGAUUUUUUUUUCCUCCUUAAAUGUAUUGUACAUAUUUUCCUUAAAAUGUUUUCAUUGGGUGAAUGGGUAAUAUCUGUAGUAAUAAUAUUUUAGGUACCUGUUAAGAUUUUUAAAGGAAGAUUAUUUCCAAAUUUGCUGCUAUAAUUGAAAACCUAUUAACUGGUCCUGUUGACUGUGCCUUUCAUUACUGGUUCUCUGUGCCACAACCGUUCAUGUGUUUGGAAUAAAGAUGUUUAAGAAGC